AUGUCUCUGAGUGUUUAUGAGGAUCUGAUCUACUUUGAGGAGCUGAACAGAGCAGAUCGAGACGAGAUAACGGUGAUUAUAUAUGAGAGUUCAGACGCUGUUAGAGGCUUCGACCCUGACACUGAGGUGGAGGACGCCAACAUGAUGAGGAUCCUGAAGAGACAAAAAGCAGGAUUGAAGAGGGAAGUGACCUACCCAGAUGUGUAUCACUACCUUGCUGAAACGGAGUGUGUUUACACCAGGGAGGCAGUGAAAGCCACCAACCUGACUGCAGAGAGAGACCAGUUACAGACCAGUAACCCCAACCUGACUGCAGAGAGAGACCAGUUACAGACCAGUUACACCAAGCUGACUGCACAGAGAGACCAGUUACAGACCAGUUACACCAAGCUGACUGCAGAGAGAGACCAGUUACAGACCAGAACCACCAACCUGGCUGCAGAGAGAGACCAGUUACAGACCAGUUACACCAAGCUGACUGCAGAGAGAGACCAGUUACAGACCAGAACCACCAAACUGACUGCAGAGAGAGACCAGUUACAGACCAGUUACACCAACCUGGCUGCAGAGAGAGACCAGUUACAGACCAGUUACACCAAGCUGACUGCACAGAGAGACCAGUUACAGACCAGUUACACCAACCUGGCUGCAGAGAGAGACCAGUUACAGACCAGAACCACCAACCUGGCUGCAGAGAGAGACCAGUUACAGACCAGAACCACCAACCUGGCUGCAGAGAGAGACCAGUUACAGACCAGAACCACCAAACUGACUGCAGAGAGAGACCAGUUACAGACCAGUUACACCAAGCUGACUGCAGAGAGAGACCAGUUACAGGCAGAGAGAGAUGAUCUCCCGAGAAGGUGUUCUGAACUGGAUAAAGCAGUUAGAGACGGGUGGAUCUACUUCAGCUCCAGUCUUUACUAUGUCUCUACUGAGGAGAAGAGCUGGAGUUCUGGAGAACUGGAGAACCCAACAGUUACGGAGAUGAGGACUGUGGUUUAA